AUGAUCGACGUCUUCGACGACUACACCAUGAGUCUCAUCCAGUUCGGGUACGUGGCGCUCUUCUCGGCCGCGUUCCCCCUGGCCCCUCUGCUGGCCAUGGUCAACAACCUCGUGCAGACCAGGGUGGACGCCCACAAGAUUUGCAAGACUCGGCGUCGACCGAUCGCACUAAAGAGCGGCGGCAUCGGCGUGUGGGACAACGUCCUCGAGGUGAUGUCGGUCAUCGCGGUGAUCACCAACUGUGCUCUUAUCGGAGUUACGUCGGAGAGGUGGUGGCCGGCCGACGUGUCUCGCGCCACACGGAUCCUGGUGGUGGUUGUCGCGGAGCACAUCAUCCUCUUCCUUAAGUACUGGCUGGAGUCGUCCGUGCCGAGGGUGCCCCUCAAGGUGCAGCGGGCCCUGCACCGCGAGCGCGCGGAGCGCGACCAGAGGGGCGGCCUGGUUUUCGCCGGCAGCUCCGGUGUCGGGGGCGACUACGCCAAGUUCGAGGCCAACUUCAGCCGCGCGCUGGCGACCGGAGACACAGCGGACGCCGUCUGCGCUAAGAGGACCGCCGGCGGGGCGUUCUACAGUACCAACAGGACAACCAACAACCUGGGAGCAGGAGGAGGAGGAGGAGGGCUGAUGGGUACAGAUGCCACGAGGUCGGUGGUAGUGAGCGACGACCUUACGGCCACGACUCCGCCCCCGGGAGGAGGCGGGGGUCGAGCGCGCAAGGGCUUCUCCGUCAACCUGGCGGCCUCCCCGUGUCCGGCGACGGCGACCGGGGUUGACGGGCGCGGGGGGGGCACGUCCGGGGUGACGGCGACCCAGAGAACCACGUCGAAGUCGAUGAUGAUGACCCCGCCGCCGCAGCGGCAUCAAGACGGUGGUGGCGGCGGCAGUGGCGGCAAGUUUUCUUCUGCGUCUUCGGUACCCCUGCCGCCGCCGAGCGCGGCCACCGUGGGAGGGGGAGCCUCCUGCUACAACUAUGGCGGCGGCGGCGGCGGCGGCGGCGGCGAUGAUUCAUAGGUGGCCCCCUCGUCGUCGUCUUCUCCUCCGCCGCCGGUAUCACCGAGACGGUUCGAAUGGCACGGUGAAGAGCAAACGGCAGUUUAGCUACAUUAUUAGCGCGUUGGAGAGGGAGUGUUGCUUUGCUUUGUUGAGGCUGUCGUUCCGCGAAGGGGGAGAGGGGAUUGAAUUUCUUGAUCCUCCUGGUGUCGUUUUCAUUAGAGCGCAGCUCGCGAGUGUUACCGAGAGCAAGAGACGUCUAUCGGGAGCAGGGACAGCAGCAGCGACGGUGGCGGCGGUUUCUCGCAGCAGGUAUUCCCCCUCUGUCUUCAUUCCUGUUCGAAAGGAUAUUUUUUGUCAGCCGUACUUGUUGCUGGGUCCGAGUGGCACUAAACGCCUCAUGGCGUCGUCGUCGUUGUUAUUGUUGUUGUUAUUGAUGUACACUCGGGAAUGGGAAAAUUUUGGGGUGUCAAGAAGUUGCCGUUCAUUGGAGAUGUGGUGUGAUAUUUUUUUGGCAGAAAAGAGUACGGACGGAGGCAGGGUUGUGGACAGGCUAACCGGGGAAGAAGAGCUAGGAGAGGGGCUGGUGGGAUUUUUCACGCUGGCAACAGGCUGGGGGGCACCGCCUGAUGCUAUUAUUGCUGCUGGUACAUACACACACGCAUAUUGCUGAGCCUGCUGCACACUUUGCGUGCGAGCUUGAGCAGGCACCCACCCUUCUUGGACCGGCCGACCCUGUUGUGCUUGUUGUACAGCAGUAGUUACAUAAUUCGAUGGUGUUGUUGCGUUGUUUUCUGCUCCUUGCGUGGGAUGACUCCCAAACAGUUGUGGUGUCACGUGUCGCCCACCACAGAUCUGACUGUUUUUAGUGUUAGUGUUUAAGUGUUAUUUGGUGGUCGUUAUUGUCCUUAAUAUCUCGUGUCCGUCGUCCCUAAGGUAUGGCCGCCGUUGACAUUUAUUGGUCGUUGUUUGAAAAUUGUGACUUGUUCAUUUACCCAGAUCCUUCUCGGCUUGAAACAGAUCAUUGUUGAAAUUUUCCGUAAUUGGACCCUUUUCUUCGAAGCACAACAGCAUGUAGUCGUACGGAAAGCAGCAGCCGUCCACGGUGAGAGACGGGGGGAGGAGUGUUUUAUAGUUUUUUGUUCAUUUUUAUCGCCUGUCUCUAUGCUUGCUUGCUGUUUUAAUUCUCGGCAUGAUGCAGCAGAGAAAACGAGUGGUAAUGUGGGAGGCUGU